AAUCUAUAUAACGAAGAGGUCAAAUUAUUACAAGUGAAGAAUCAGACAAAUUCAAACACAUAAUCUCAAAGUUGAUCAGCAAACCUUCUGGAAACAUAUAAGAUCUCACAUCAAAACAAUUAGUCUACAAGAACUUGACAGAAGAAAAAAAGAAAGAAAAAAAAAAAAAGAAUGAAGGAAAGAAAGAAAUACACUACGCUCAAUUAUAAGUGGAGACAUGUCAAAUAUUUCUGGAACAUUAAAUAGUGAUCACGAAAGGGAACAUGUAACUAGUUGAUAGGCGGAGCCAAUUCAUAUUAGGGCUGUCAGAUAGUGAGGGAUGCAAGAUUUUUGAACAUGUGUGUCGGUCGAUGAGUAUUUAGAAAUUUUUACAAUAAAUUUCUUAUAGCCACUUGGGUCCGCCCUUGGUGUCAGGAACGAGUUGUGUUGGAGGAUUCAAAUUUUAAUUUUUUGUAUUGACGAAACAUUGAUCUCUAAAAAAAAAAAAAAAAUCAGACGGGAAUGUGAAGGCCGACACACCUCAUCACCACUUGGGUCCGACCCUGGUGUCAGGAACGAGUUGCUGACUUAUCGUGCAAACCCCUUCACGGAUUUGCAACAAGCCAAUCCAUGUAUCUUUUCUCCAUUUCUUUCUCUUUCUUCCUAUUUUUGAAUCAAUGACAAAGAUUGCAUUAGAGGCAUCUUUGAAAUGAGAAAAAUAUAUCACAUGUGAUUAAGAAGACAUCUCAUUUCCUCUCCCUCUUUGUCACCCUCCCGAAAAGAACUUUAGUCUUCGUCCUCAUCUUUGACUUCCUCACCGCAUUCUAGUUCCUCGUUGUCGUCGAAGGGAACCCAACGCCAGUUCUCGAACGCGACUUCCUCAUCUCUAUUUACCAAAAUUAAACCUUCCCUAUGUCUUCUUCCCUCGUCGCUCGUAGCACGCACGCCACCACUAUCACCGACACACCUCUACCACUACCGCUGCUCCCUUGAUUUGGUCGCUCCCCAAACUUAGAUAUGGUCUAGUGGUGAGCUUUUCUUUCUAGUAGUAAUUUUUUUUAGGGUAUGGCUAUGGUGACAUGCAUGUCACCAUAACUUGCACUUUUAGGUCGACCUUAUAUAGGAUUAGGUCGACCUAAUAUGCCAUUUCAGUUUUGUGAGGUUCAAUGACGCGGUUGAUCUUUUAUAGCAAAUGGUCGACCUCUUGGGAAGCGCAUGGAUGACAUGUACGACUACAAGGGUCAGAUUUCCACCCAGUUGACUGGCAUGUACGACUACAUGGGGAAAAUUACCACCCAGAUGAGCACACCGCAGGUGACCGUGAAUGAGAUGCGAGAUGAUUUUCGAUCUUUCAGUGGAAGAUACAUGCAUGUCACCGUAACUUCUGACUACCAUAAUGCUAGCAACACCAAUGAAGAAAAUGUGGAUGAGGGAGAGAGGGGAUAGGAGUAGAACUCGAUGAUUUUAGAUAGUGUGUUUUAUGGUUAAGUGUUAAAAAUGAUUGUGGAUUGAUAUUAUGUGGUUAUAGAUUUUAAUUAUGUGUGAACAAUUAUGAUUUGUGUUUUAUUGUAUUUCUUGUUAGUUUGUUUAGUUGUUAUGUUAUGUUAUGAAGUUAUGAGUCCUUGUUAUUAUUAUUUAUGACUGAUUCUGUUGGUUUGAAACAUAAUUUGUAUGAGCAAAAAAACCACCCACAUCGCUUCCCAAAGAGGUCGACCAUUUGCUAUAAAAGGUCAACCGCGUCGUUGAACCUCACAAAACUGAAACGUCAUAUUAGGUUGACCUAAUCCUAUAUAAGGUCGAUAUAAAAGUGCAGAUUACGUCGACCUAAUCCUAGAUAAGGUCGACCUAAAAGUGCAAGUUACGGUAACAUGCAUGUCACCGUAGCAAAGUAUUUUUUUUAAUCUAUUCGGUGGUGAUAAUCUUGUCGACUAAUAAUCUUGUAAUGAUUUUUUGGUGGUGUGGUAAUAUGGUCGACUAGUAAUCUUUUAAUGUUUUUUUAGUUUGGUGUUCAUGUUUUUUAUUAUGAUUUGGUCUAGUGGUAAUUUUGGGUCUAGUGGAAAUCUUUUCAGUUUAGUGCUAAUGUUUUCGUUAUAGAGGUAAUAUGGUCUAUUGGUAAUCUUUUAAUGGAUUUUUUCGGUUUAGUAGUUAUUUUUUCGGUCUACAGGUUAUCUGGUAGUGUUUUUUGUUAUGAUUUAGUUGAGUGCGGUAAUGCCUUCAGUCUAGAGGAAACUUGACACCCUGAUUUUCUUUGGGGGAAUUAUCAACUCCCCUUUUAAUUACCGAUGAGCUGCAACUUAAUUUCUUGUGAUACUUACACCAUUUAGUAUAUUUGUAACUUUCGGUUGAUGGUGGAGAUAAAAGGGGACCACUCACAUAUGUUAGUCUAUUUAUUUUGAAACUAGUUUUAAUUCUAUCGGUUACAAUUGCAAAUAUAAAAAGAACAUUUUUAGUCAAUAACAAACUUUAAAAUAGAAU